AGAUCCUUUUUUUUCAACAGAAAGCUUUUUUUUUGCUUUCUCUCAUUUCUUUAGCCUCCUCCAUGGCCGACCAUGGAUUCCUUGGCGGCCCUCCACGCCCACGAACGACGAUCGGUGCUGAGUGGCACGAGACCUCUUGGUCCAUCUCUAAACACCGAAGACGGUAUUUUUGUGACCCACCGCAACGAAAGAAAGAAGAAAAAGGAAAAAAGAAAAAAAGAAAAAAGAAAAAGGAAGGCUCCCUUUCAGUUCCAUGCUCCCUUCCACGGCCAUUGGCCGAACCCCCAGUGGUUCAACGGCCUCCAAAUCGGCUAGGGAACGCCAGAACCCCCCUCCCAAACGAUGAAUCAGAGGGUAUAGGGGUGUCAGACGCAUGGAGCGUGGUGACCAAGGCUGAGGGGCAUGCGUGGAGCGUGGUGACCAAGGCUGAGGGGUAUGGUUGCUGAAAAAUUUUAGAAAAGUGGGCUAGUUGGGCUUUUAGGGUUUAGUUUUAGUCCUAUUGGGUUUGGGCUUGUAAAAUUAUUUGUUGGGCUGUUAUACUUUAUUUGUUUAUGGGCCCGGGCAACAUUGGGCUUGUACAGUAUUUUGAUCUUUUAAUCUUAAAAUAAAAUAAAAUAUUUGUUUAACAAAUUAA